AUGUUCAACGACUGGCCAGACCUUAACAUCCGACUGGACGCCUGGCAUUUUAUGCGGCGUUUCUUUGCUGGUUGCACGACCGACUCCCAUCAGCUGUAUGGUUUAUUCAUGGGCCGCCUUUCCGCCUGCAUAUUCGAAUGGAGCUCCGAGGAUUUGCAGCGCCUUCGAGAAGCCAAACAUGCCGAGCUCCAGACACAGAAGAUCCGUAACCCGACAGACUCCGACGUUUCUUCUCGGAUCACCGGAAAAGAGCUGGCCCUCCACUGCAGAUGGAAGACGCGCAGCGUGGAAGAGACAACCAACAUGAUAGAAGAGCUGUUGGGGGUGUUUGAUAGCGACCAGGGUCGUGACACACUAGGUGUUCCACUGCUUGACACUGAGCGCAUCUGGAACAUUUGGUUGUCGCAGAAACGACAUGUGGCCUGCAUCCAGGACCCGCAGGGAUUCUCCCUCUACACCAAGACCCACAAGCAGAAGAAGGGAGGUGUUGUGCUACCUGUUUUCAGGUAUGAGUGCAAGAGUGCAAGUGGAAUGCACUUUCAGGCCUAUCUCCUGGAGGGUCUUGUGAGAUGGAACGAGGACAGAGCCUCCGCAGCUGUGCAGUUGGACACUUCUCCCUCGUUGGCAGAGCGUGAGCUGAUUGGUAUCGAGUACCUGUACAGCCAGACAGGUGAGGUGUUACAGGAUUACACCCCGGACCCAGACAGCGAGGACUCGGCGUGUCUGGAUGCCCAUCUCGAUGACAAGGAUGAGGGAUUCGAGGAGGCCAGUUUGGAUGUGGAGCUACAGCCUCCCCUGCUUGAAGAUGAAUCACCAAUAAGGCAGCCCUCCCGGAAUUCCAUGCGGUCAGCCGAGAUGAAGCGGCAGCUUUUCAAGAGUCCUGCCAGAGAACCGCCUGCAUCUGCAACUGUCAGCAAUUCACCUGCAGUCUUACCAUUGACAUCAACCACUGUGGCCAUGUCAACACCAAGACUGCCUGACAGACCAACAAUGCCACUUGCAGCCACUGGUAGUCAGACACCACCACCACCACAGGACUCCCCAGAGGAAUCUGUUGACCAGAACAACAUCCCCGGCUACGGUCGUGUUGAAGACCUGGCUCAGUUCCUGUUCUUAUUAAAGGACCAGACUGGACCACUCAGGAACAGUCAAGCAGAACAGAUCAUCAGGCUCUGGCAUAACCUUGAUGAAUAUGACACCAGCCCAACCAGCUUCUCGCCUCGUCAUAAAACCAAGGCACGGGGCAGGUUUAAGGCAGCAAAGUCAUCUGUGGCCCCUGGUGUUGAAAGCACCAAAAGAUGUUUCCUUGGCCAAAACACAGGCCCAGCUCAGUGGCCUGACUGCAAUCGGUAUAUGGAGUGCCUCAUAACCAAGUUGUGCACUGAAAACCCGUCCCCAGUGCGUCAUAACAAGGGCACAGUUCAGCGGUGGACUCUCAUCUGUCGCACUUAUCAGGACAUCCGACAGAAGGUGCUGCAUAAUCCACAGGUCAUGCAGCAGACAAAUAUUCAGCUGGUGGAGAUCAAUCAAGCCACUCUGUUACAGUGGUCUUCUUCUUCUCAGACCUUCCAGAUCUUCUUUGGUGCAAGGUUCAGGCAGGAGGGGGCAGACAAGAAGGUGUCUUAUAGUCUGCUCCUGCCCGCAAUCGCAUGCCGUUUGUCCAUCUGA